UAGAAUCUUAUCGUUUGAGAUCAUUACGGGCACAUAAUUCGAUUAAAUUAUAUAGCGACAUGUUGGGAAACGAUAAAUCGAAAAAUCGCUUGUAAUUAAAAUUCAGUGAAUAUCUUUUAUCAUAAUAUGAAAAAUAAAUCGUCGCAACCAUUUUUUCAUAAAAAUCUCAUUAAAUCAUGAACCAUUGUGGUUAUACCCAAGAUAUGGCCUAUUGCUGAAGUUGUCAUCAAGUUAUUUAAUCAUGCAAUAAUAUACUAGGUGCGCCAUUUGAAAUACGAAACUAGCAGUCUGUUUCCGGUAUAACCGGAAGUUAUAGAAAUCUGAAAAUAUUUUAUUGAUGAGAAUCAUUGUCUUAAAACCCGAUUAUGCAAAUUUUCAGCACAAAAUUAUGAUAAGUUUUCCAUAAACGUCUAAUAGGCCAUAGCGGUGAAUUACGCUGUAAAAAUUAAAUUAUUGUACAAUUACUGGUCGCAAACUCGGCAAUAUUUAUCUAGUGCUCAAGUCAACUGACCUCUCCCGAAAAUUUUUUUUAGUCCAUAAAGGGGCUUGUAUCCGAAAUUCGUCACUGUCAGUAUUUGGUAUUUUCGACUUUUGAAGUUUCUACCUGAAUUUGGUUAUAGAAGUGACCACAUUUUGUAUAAGUUGCAGUUGCAUAGUUUUAACCGGAGAGAAUACACAUCGUGAAUAUUUUUUCUGAAUUUUAGUUUUCAAAUUGAUAUAUAAUGGAUUCUGUUGAAAAUCUACCGGUGAAUGGUAUUCACGACUUCAUUAUGAAUUCUGGAUCAGUUAAAUCUGUCUCCGAAUAUAUUGAAACUAGAAAGAGUGAUUUUGUAUUCCUAAAUUUUUAUUUAGAUGCAUUAGUGAGAAAAAGGAUGAGGGAGGAUUUUACUGACAGGGAUUAUGUGGCAGUAUUUUAUCUUAUGUUUCAUGGAGCAGAACCAAUGGCGUAUAGCCGAAUUGGUAACAGACGCAAUAGAUUAAUCGACUUAGUGCUAAAAAUCAAAGAUGAAAAACUAAUAAAGUUCUUCCUAACGUUCUUAAAAUAUUUCGACGAUAUUGAUUUUGAUCCGAAUGGUGCAAUUUUAUCAGAAUACCGCUACUCUUUCUACAACCCAGUUCUAGCCGCUAUUGGCUACCAGUCCAUGGAGCUUUUGCAGUACGCCUUGAAAGAAAAUAACCAACUAUAUCAAAAAUCGUUUUUUGUUCUGAAUACCGCCUUACACGUAGCAGUUACAAUGCCACGGUUAGAUAUCACAAGAUAUCUUUUAACAAACCGAGCCGAUGUAGAAGCAAAAAACAGUUACGGGAAAACACCAUUAUUCUGUGCUGUUGAAUAUAAUCGAAUUGAGCAAGCGAUAUUACUUCUUCAGUAUGGAGCAAGCAUGAGAGAAAGGGAUAAGAAUGAUAAUACUGUCCUUCAUGAUCUAUGUUCUCAAAGAGGGAAAAUUAACUAUGAAAUGUUUGAAUUCUUACUGGAUAUAGGAUGUGACCCCAAUUCAUUUGGGUACAACCGUUUAACACCUUUAGGGAUUCUUGCUAAGUGUAAUCCUGAUGAAAUAGAAUGUGCCAAGUUGUUGAUCCGAAGAGGAGCUAAUGUGAAUUUACAAGAUAAAUUCGGUAACACACCACUCCACAGGUUAGUGUACGAUUGUGAUGAACUCCACAUCCCAGCCUUCUUCAAUUUACUGAUUAAAAAUGGAGCUGACACAAAAAUAUUAAAUCACAAGAACAAAUCAUUCUUGGAUGAAUUGGAAACAUGUAAUUAUAAUUAUAAACGAAGAAUAUUUUUGAAACAUAUAUCGUUAUUGGAAAUCGGUGAAAAUUUGCAAUUUCUUGAAUACCCAACUGAGUUUGAUGAACAUUUCAGGAACAGUUGUGAAAAAGAAUUAAAAAUGUUGAAGUCUUGCAGAGUACCCGAAUUCUUAACUGAAUCUGAAUACUCUCUUAUAAAAAUUCUCAUAUCAACUGAUAUAGAAAUAUCCCGACUGUGUAGGAACCCAACUCUAGUUACAAUCAUAUCUGAAUUAUUAGAAGGGACUAAAUUCCCUAUUUAUGGUAGUUAUCUGAUAAGCAAAUUUCAGUCUGGGUUAAAAUUAUUCUCAGAAGAAGAAGGAGCUGUGAAAUGUAUCACUCUAAUCUCUGGCGGAGUGCUUAAUUAUUCUUGCGUAAAGGAAAUUAUGAAAUACAUACCAAAAAAGGAACUCGCCGUACUGGGAAAAUGUAUUUCAAAAGAUGAUGAACUCAUUAAAACUAAUUCUUCAAAAAUUCAGAAGAGAAAACAUAAGAAAAAGAUAAAUAAUAAGAAAGAAGGAAAAAAUAAAACAAACAAGAAAAAAGAAAGAAAAAAUGAAAAAUCAAGAAAACCUAUAAUAGUAACACCAAAAUAUAAAAAACGGAAGUUUUCAUUUAAUGAAUUGGCUUUUAUAAAUUAUAAGUAUUUUUAUAGAUCUAUUUGAUAUCGAUAAUAAUGUUUUGAAUAUUUUUUAAUUUUUGUUUUCUUACAGAGUUUUUAUAGUAUUACAUGUAAA